UCAGUCUGCAUUGUCCUGGGGAACGGUGACAAGAAUUAGACCUGAAGGCAAGGUCUGCGAGAGGGAGGGAAGUCUCUACCGUGCGUUGCGAAGGACCAUCUUGCAUCAGGAUUGGAAACCACAGCAUGGUAUCCGAAGAAGCCGUGGUAUUUGCGAAGAUGAAUUACACCGUCCCAGAAAUCUCCUCACCUGACACCGCCCCCUUGAGCCUUUCGUUCGCCGAGCAUUUGGCGCUCGCCUCGCCCGCGGUUUGGGCAGAGAUGCAGUUCACUAUCGGAGACACAGAGGAAAGCAGCGACUUUCUGGGGGCGCGCUAUGUGGUAUACGGUAUUCACUUGGAGGGAUCUCUUCUCUGCAAAAUGAGGUACAGCCAAUUGCACAAAUGGAAUGAAAAGCUGAAGAGGUAUUUUGGGAAGAAUUGUGUUCCGGAUUUUCCGCCUAAGAAUUAUCUUGUGCAAACUGAGUCUAUGGCUGAAGAAAGAAGACUUAAGUUACAGGAGUACCUUCAGAAAGUUGGAGAGGAUCCUGUUCUAUCUGCCAGUGAAAUAUUCACCACUUUGUUAAAGAAGGCGCAGCAGGAAACAUUUAAAAUUCAUCCUCGAGAUAUCCACUUGGAGAUUUUUCUUGCAGAUGGAACAAAACUUCUCAUUGACACCAAUACGUGUGACUCUGCAGAAAGGAUGCUGGCGAUUGCAGCCCAGGAAAUUGAACUACCGAGGCACCUUUUGGAAUAUUUCACCUUGUAUCUCGUUUGUGAACAGCCUGAAGGAGGGUACUCUGUGCUGAGAAAGCUCCAUGCCUUUGAGUUGCCAUAUGUGAGACUGUGGAGCCCACAGAAUGGAAACAGCAGAAUAAUGAUCAGGAGAAGUUACUUGGAUCCUUUGAAGGAUAGACUAUUAAUGGGAAGUAUUGCUGGAGUGCUCCUAUUGUACAAUCAGGCUACCUAUGAGCUGGAGAGAGGCUGGGUUAGGCCUACUCCAGAUCAGAUCCGAAAACUGAAGGCUUUCCAGGAGUCUGCUAAGAAAAGAGAGUUCCUCGAACUUAUGAGGGAAGUGAAGUUCUAUGGGCAUCUACAGUUUGAGGCUUGCACCUGUGAUUAUCCAGAGCCCAACUGUCCUGCUACUGUUCGUGUGGGCAAUUAUGAAAUUAACUGCUGUGUUCAGUUACCAAAGAACCACAUCGAAGAGUUCAGUUUCAAGAUUAACAGAAUACGAUGUUGGCAGAUCAGUAUCCAGAUACCACAAGAGAAAGAUACGGAACUGAAACUGGAGCUGAGUUUUGAAUUUCAAGACAGCCAUGAUUCAUGGCAAUGGGUCACAAUUUGCACACAUCAGGCCUUUCUUCUGGGAAGUUGCAUUAAGGAAAUCUCAGCACAUCGACCAAAGUUAUCUGGGAACCAUGCAGAAACGUCUCCAGGUCAACUUCAAGAAGUGAUGUCUCAGAUCAUCGUUAAGGACCCCCAUCACCCAGGUCAUGCCUUGUUCUCAUUGCUACCAUCAGGAAGAAGGUACAGCAGCCUGAAGACACACACUCAAUGAUUCAGGAACAGUCUCUUCCCCUCUAUUUACUGUCAUUAAUUUUUUAUUAUUAUGUAUUGCAUUGUACUGUUGCUACAAAACAACAAAUUUCACAACAUAUGCUGGUGAUGUUAAACCUGAUUCUGAUUCUAAUUCUAAUCAUGGAGUACCAGGAAGUACAUGGAGUACCAGGAAGUACAUGGAGUACCAGGAAAUACUUGGAGUACCAGUAAAUUUCCUGGUAUUUCCCACUGAAACUGUUUACUAAAAAGAUAAUUAAAUGUCAAUUAGCCUCUGGGGCCAUGUGGAACAGAUCCAGAGUGUUUGAUUCUGUUAAUGCAUGCUUAAAAAAGCAUCCUAUAAAAAUCUUCCAUCCUAUAAUCUUAAUUGUUUAUUUUCAAUUCCUUCCUUUCUCUGUUCCACAUGCCUUCACACUGCUACUUCACUCACUCGCGCUCUCUCCCUCAUGCAUGCUCUCUCUCUGUCACAUGCUCUCUCUCACUCUUUGUCGCACUCUCUCACGCUCUCUCUGUCUCUCACACUCUGCUGCCACUCUGUUGCAUACUGUCUCACUCUCUCUCUGUCGAGUACUCUCUUGCGUUCUCUCGUGCUCUCCCUCUCGCUUUCCCUCAUUCAUGCUCUCUCUCUCUCUUGCACUCUCCCUUGUCCAGCUCUUCAGCUCUUGCACUCUCCCUUGUCCACUCUUCUCCAGUUCUCUCCCCUGCUCUAAUCCUUCCCUCCUACACUAACCUCAGUUUUUCUAACUUUUCUGUGCCUAUCUAAGAGUCUUUUUAAAUGACCUUAAUAUAUCUGCCUCUACCAUGAACCAAGCAGGGUGUUUCACUCACCCAACUGAUAUCUGUGUUUUUUUAAAAAAGCUGUCUCUGACAUCCCCACAAUAGCUUUUUCCAACCACCUUAAAAUGAUGUCCCCUCGUAUUAGUCAUUUCCGUCUCUGGCUAUCCACUCUAUCAAUGCCUCUUGUCAUUUUGUACACCUCUCAUGCUCAUUCGCUCCAAAGAGAAAGGCCAAAGCCUGCUCAACCAUUCCUCAAAGGAUAACAAAUGAUCACAUUGCUGAACCAGGCUCCAGAACCAGUGUGGAUGACUUCACUCACCUCAACAUUGAAUUUGAUUCCACAACCUACAGACUGACUUUCGAGGAGUCUACAACUCAUGUUCCCAGUAUUAUUUAUUUACUGAUUUAUUUAUGAAUUUUUUUUGUAUUUGUACAGCUUUUCUUCUUUUGCACUUUGGUUGUUUGUCAGUCUUUGUAGUUUUCCAUUGAUUCUGUUGUUCUUCUCAGUUCUAUUCUGAAUGCCUGCAAGAAAAUGAAUUUCAUGGUGGUGUAUGGUGGGGUACAGAAUAUGUACUUUGAAGCAACACACUUUACUGUUGGCACUGAACAUGCUCAAAGACUGAAUAUCAAGUGAGGUGAAAAACCAUACUGUUCAGUAUAAAAGACCCUCAGCCCUGCUUCUUAUCCAGUGUCUGUCUUCAAAUUAUAGACCAUCUAGUCUAAGGAACAGCCCCUCGGUAUCACCUUAUCAAAUCCUGUCAGAUUCAUGUCCACCAAUAUGUGGAAACGAAACUUGCUUGUGUUAUGUUUAUGUCUACAAAUGCUGCUUGUUACUAAUUCUUGAGACCUCGUUUAAAAACUGUAAACAAUUAAGCGGAAUUGGUAUGAUUGGUUACUGGUACACCCGCAUUUCACAACAGUUACAGAUUGCAACACCGCUUCAAGCUUUUUUACAUCUUUCCUCCAAGAUAAAAGCUAUUUUAUCUUAAAUUAAAUUCAAGCUAUUUCCUCAAUGCUUUGAUCAACUACUAUCAGUUCUGCUUUCUUGCAGAUAGUGUGAAAUAAAACCUUGCUGAGGCCAAAGAGUUCUGUCCUUAGUCAUUUAAAAUGUUCUGCCGACAUAUCAGGUGACGUAGGCGCUGAGCUGCCAGAAUGAUUGUAAUCAUCCUUGCAUUGGUUCUUUGUGCAAUGGUUCAGUACCUAUUCUCUUUUAAUUUAUUAUUUUACCUGUCACACUUAACAUACACAGAUAGUGGUAUAAUUUGCUGAUGGGCUUAUGAAAACAAAGAUUUAUCUGUCAUGUAUUGGAGGCACGAGUGUCAGCACCCUUCCGCAAGGUUCAGUAACAGUUAUUACCCUGCAACAAUCAGCCCCCUGAACUUAUCUUAACCCUGAACUGAUUCCACAACCUACAGGCUCACUUUCAAAGACUCUACAACUUGUGUUCUCAGUAUGAUUUAUUUAUUAAUUUGCGCAAUUUGUCGUCUUUUGCACAUUAGUUGUUAAUUUUUGCUUGCGUACACGUUUUCAUCAACUGUAUUCCUUAAUGUAAGAAAAUGAAUCUCAAGUAAAUUUGAUAUCUUGCAUCUGCUGAGAACAUAUAGUUGCCUUUGAUGAUAAGUCUAAGUAAACCUAUCAAAUAACGUGUAUGUCACCAUAUACCACCCUGGGAUUCAGUUUCUUGUAGGCAUUCACAGGAUAAUAAAGAAAUAUAGUAGAAUUUAUGGAAAAACUAUGCAUAAACAAAGACUGACAACCAAUGUGCAAAAGAAGACAAAAUUAUGAAGAUGAAGAAUAAUACUGAGUGCAUGAGUUGUAAAGAGUCCUCUAAAGUGAGCUUUAGGUCAUCUAAUAGGUUCAGCGUUGUAAAGAAAUCUCAUUGUUGGUUUGGUAUACAAGCCUAAGACAAAUCUAUUGUUGAAUUUUUUUUUUUGGCAAGUAAGCCAUCAAACUGUUACAGAAUACUCUACAAAGUUCAAAGUAAAUCUAUUAUCAAAGUGUACAUGUCAACAUAUGCUACCCUGUAAAUGAAGAAAUUCAGUCGAAUCAAUGAAAAACUGCACACAAAGACUGAUAAACAACCAACAUGCAAAGGAAGACAAUCUGUGCAGAUACAACAAAAAAUAAAAAAGAAAGAAAUCAUACUGAGAACAUAAGCUAUAGAGUCCUUGAAAGUGAGGUGCCCUUGCUUUGUCUUUUACUGUUUGGUUUAUCCAGUGGAUAUUUUCCUACUCUUUUACCUCAUGGAAAUUUAAAGAAGUGCAGAUGCCAGGAGUCUGAACUAACAACAGAAAAUGCUGGAAACGCUCGAUAGAUCUGGCAGAAUCUGUGGAAAGAUAAAAAGAAUUAGUGUUCAAGGUAACCUCAUUAUGUCUUCAAUCUGAUUUUUUUUUUCCAAAGCUGCUGCCCUACCUGAGUGUUUCUGGCAUUUUCUGCCCAUCCCUCAUCAUUGUUUUUGUGUUCAAGUCAGUCAUUGAACUACUUUCUGGCCAAUAAUCUUCUCUGCUUUCAUUAGAUCAUGAGACAUAGGAGCAAAACUAAGCCAUUUGGUGCAUUGUCAGCUCCGCUGUACCAUCAUGGCUGAUUUAUUAUCCCUCUCUACCCGUCUGACUUCGUCUGACUUCUCCUUGUAACUUUUGACAUGCUUACUAAUGAAAAAUGAUCAAAUUCCACUUUAAAAAUAUCCAAUCAAAUUAACUCAUAGACUUCUGUGGUAAUGAAUUCUACAGAAAUUCCUCCUCAUCUGCUUUCUAAAUAUAAACCCCUCUAUUCUGAGGAUGUGGCCUCUGGUCCUAGACUCAUCCACUGUAGGAAACAUCCUCUCCACUAUACUGUAUCUAGACCUUCCAAUAUUCGAUAGGUUUCAGAUGUUCCUCAUACAUUAACCCUUUCAUCCCUGGAAUCAUUCUCCUGAACCUCCUCUCCAAUGCCAGCACAUCCAUUCUGUCCAUUAAUAGCCUUAGCUUUGAGGUGCCUUGGGUCUCACACCACCAGGUUCAGGGACAGUUAUGACCCUACAACCAUCAGGCUCCUGAGCCAGCAUGGAUAACUUCACUCACCUCAACACUGAACUGGUUCCACAGCCUAUAGCCUCACUUUCAAGGACUCUUCAACUCAUUUUAUCAGUAUUAUUCACACAAUUUCUCUUCUUUUCUACACUGGUUGUUUGUUGGUCUUUACUUGUGUAUAAUUUUUUUUAUAAAUUAUGUUGUAUUUCUUCAUUUUCAGAUCAAUGCCUGCAAGGAAAUUAAUCUCAAGGUUCUCUAUGAUUACAUAAACACACAAGAUUCUGCAGAUACUGGAACAUAGAAAACCUACAGCACAAUACAGGCCCUUCGGCCCACAAAGCUGUGCCGAGCAUGUCUUUACCUUAGAAAUUACCUAGGGUUACCCAUAGACCUCUAUUUUUCUAAGCUCCAUGUACCUGCCCAGGAGUCUCUUAAACCCUAUUGUAUCUGCCUCCACCACCGUCACUGGCAGGCCAUUCCAUGCACUCACCACUCUCUGCGUAAAAAAAAACUUACCCCUGACAUCUCCUCUGUAACUACUUCCAAGCAUCUUAAAACUGUGCCCCCUUGUGCUAGCCAUUUUAGCCAAAUCUGAAGUAACACACAAAAUGUUGGAGUUCCAGAUGUUUCUGUGUAUAUGAUGACAUAUACAUAUACAUACUUAGAUAAUAAAUUUACUUUGACUUCAACUAAUUAGGCAGCAUGAUUAAAAUAAGGAUAUGGAGUUUCAUCUAACUUAAUUGAAGUUUAUACUGAAGUCUAUCGCUGGACGCUGUGACACAUUGUGUUAAAAACAGGAAACUUGAUUUUUGGAAUGUCUCCUCCUUUAUCGUUCUUAAGUAUUGAAGAGACCCAAGAAAAUUUCAGCACCAGCUGAGUUUGCAAUUGGCUUGAACUACCUGAUGGAUUUUCAUUUAAACGAUUUGUUAUUGAUAUUUCUAACCCUGCACUGAAACUGCUAAUGUUUCAUUGAUCCAUGACUCUAAAUCUUUUAGUUAUAGAUUAUACUCGCUUGAUAUAUAUGUUCUCCAGAACAAGUUCAAGGUUCAAAGUAAAUUUAUUAUCGAAGUACGUACAGUAUAUUUCACCAUACACACCCAUGCGAUUCAUUUUCUUGCAGGCAUUUACAGAAUAGGAUCAACAGAAAAGCUACACACAAAAAUGGGCAAUGUGCAAAAGUCAGUAACUUCAAAUAAAAAAAGAAAAAAGAAAUAAAUGAAUAAAUAAUAGAUGAUGUUGAGAACAUGAGCUGUAUAGUCCUUGAAAGCGGGUCCAUAGGUAAUAGAAUUAGUUCAGUGUAGGGUUGAGCAAAGUUAUUGUGUAUCUAAUAUUUAAGUAAUACUUGAGUAAUAUUGUAAGUAUGUUGUUUAAGCAAUCUUUGUUUACAUAAUUUGUUUUGGGUUAUAUGUAAAAGUAUGUGAAUGACGUGCGUCAUCAUGCCUCCACAAUAUAUCUGUGCACCUCACGAAAAAUAAAAACAAAGUCCACUUGUGUAUCUCCAGGUCCGGGUUUUUCUUUCGAUUAGCUUUAUGUUUUGGAGUUACGAACAUAACAGUUAUCCACAUUGGUUCAACAGCCUGAUGGUUGAAGGGUAGUAACUGCUCCUGAACCUGGUGGUGGUGGACAUAAGGCUCCUGUACCUCCUUCCCGAUGGCAGCAGUGAGAAGAGAGCUUGGCGGGGAUCCUUGAUGAUGGAUGCUGCUUUCUUGUGGCAGCACUCCUUGUAGACGUGCUCAAUAGUGGGGAGGCUUUUUUUCUGUGAUGGACUGGGCUGUAUUCUCCACUUUUUGUAAGAUUUUCCAUUCAAGGGCAUUGGUUUUUCUAUAUCAGGCAAUGAUACAACCAGUCAGGAUGCUCUCCACUGUGCAUCUAUAGAAGUUUGUCAGUGUUUUAGAUGAGAUUCCGAAGCUUCGCAAACUUCUAAGAAAGUAGAGGCACUGUCACCAUUUACUGUAUUAAGUGCUGCCUCUGCUGAAACAAUGCUUUCAGUUCUUAGCAUUUGUCACCCUCCAUUUUCUAUAGUUUCAAACGAUUACAUAUUGCUAGCUUGACAGGUCCUUUUAGGGCUGUUUAAAAUAUGACUAGAAUGAAAUAUAUUUAAUAAACCUGCCAUAAGCUAUUCCAGACUAGAAGUUGUACCUAGAGCUAAGCAAAUCUCCCUAAUAACUUGUAACUUGGUAGAAUGUAAGUUAAUCUAUGAACUU